GUUAUUUAAACCCGGUGCACAGCAUGCUCUGGAUCUCUGCACCUCUGUGGCAUCACUCCGGUCAGCCACAGAAGAUUCAGGCAGCUCAGUUUGCAUUGGAUCAGGACUCCGGCUGUAACAAUGGGACUUUCACUAAGAGUGGUGUUGAUCUGGCUGGCGCUUGUUGGAGAGCUUCAUGCGACCAAAUUGUUUGUUCUCAACAGCUUUAUCCAAAGGCAACGCCCCGAGCCUCCAGCCCAGGAUUCGGCCGAGGCUCCGAAUAACUCCGUACCAGCCCAAGCCUCAGUUCCGGCAGUAUGUGGUUCAAGACGAGCCUGAGCCUCAGACCCAGGUCCAAGUGCUUCAGUAUGUGUCUCAGCCUCAGCAGCAGGUAGUUCAGUCCCAGGGGCCCCAAUACCGUCCCCAGCCUGUGCUCCGACGCCAGCCCAGACCUGUGGUUCAGCGCCAGGUGAUCGUUGUCCAGCCCCAGCCCGUGGUUCAGAGCCAGCCUCAGUCCCAGGGCCCCCAAUACCAUCCCCAGCCUGUGCUCCAGCGCCAGCCCAGGCCAGUGGUUCAGCGCCAGGUGGUCGUUGUUCAGCCCCAGCCUGUGGCUCAGAGCCAGCCCCAGACUGGGUCCGGCGGCCAAGGGUCCUACUCUGCGCCCCAGACCGGGUACAGUGGCCAAGGGUCCUACAACCAGCCUCUGGUUCAGACCCACCAACUGGUGCCCCGCUACUCCAAGUCUCUGCCACAAAUGUUUCUUAACCAGCCCAGAGUUCUGGUCCAGGCCCCCAGUUCCCAGCCCACGUUUCAGCCGCAGGCUCCUAGCUACAAGCCCCAGAUCCAGGCUCCAAGCAUCAAGUCCUAGAUCCAGGCUUUCCACUAGACCACAUGAUGCAGAUUGAAGAUCUCUUCAGCUGUCUCAACUGGUCCUUUCUGGAACUGAUGCUUGAACCAAGUCUUGAGGAAAAAUAAAAUGUAUUUUGCUGAAAA